UUCCAUAUACAAUGAGUUUAAAGUUUAAACGGUUGGAUUAAUGAUACAUGGUUAUUUAAAAUAAAAGUUUAGUCUAUUUAAACAAAUUUUGUCUAGUCAACUCUUUUGUUUUUAAUUUUUAAUUUUGAAUCAGUUUGUUUAUAAAUACUCUGUUUCUUUUAUUGUUUAUAGAUAACUUUCAGUAUCUUCAUUACGUCGGUCCAUCCUAGAAUAGGAUUUGGAAAAUAAAAUAGAAUUCAAAAAUGAAACAGGAUUUGAAAACGAAAACUUUCUAUUUUUUCCAUAAUUUAAUUUAAAGUGACACACUCUAUCCGAAGCUUAUAUAAAUGCUAUAUCUAAAAAUAGGAAACCAAGCAAGAAGCUAAUAAUAAGAAGAAGAAGAAGAAGAAGAAGAAGAAGCAAGAAGCCAAGAAUGAGUGAAGAGGAACUAGGUACUUUCUCAAUGAUGGAUCCUUUGGAUAUGAUAGAUCCUUGGGAUAUGAUAGACUUGGAUGCGGAUAGAAGGAAUAUGGUAGAGCAGUGUGCCAUUGACGUGGGUGGCAAUCAACCACCUCAGCUACAGCCUCCGCCUCAGUCUCAGCCCCAGCCCAAGCCGCAGCCGGAUGUAGGGGAGAUUACAGUAGCUCAGUUUUUCAGUGACACGUGUGGUUAUCAACCACAUCAGUCUCACCCUCAGUUCGAUAUGGUUGUUGCUGAGUGUUUGACAGAAGCUCACUCUCACCCUCACCCUCAGCCUCAGCAGUUUCUUGCUGACGUGUGUGGUUAUCAACCACCUGAGUCUCAGCCUCAGCCUCAGCAGUUUCUCACUGACAUGUGUGGUUAUCAACCACCUUGGUCUCAGCCUCAGCCUCAGCCUCAGUCCCACCCUCAUCCUCAGCAGUUUCAGCAGUUUCUUGCUGACGUGUGUGGUUAUCAACCACCUGAGUCUCAGCUUCAGCUCCAACCUACGCAACCUCAGGUCUGGACUUGGGAGGAGAACAAAGCCUUUGAGUCAGUUAUUGCCAAUUGUUUUCAGUAUGCUCAACACAACAUCGCUGCUCGUUUCCCUGGAAAGACCCCGGCGCAACUGCAAGAACGCUUCAAGAAGCUGAUGAAGGACAUCAAUGUCAUCCAUAACGGUUAUACUGCAAACACUCCUCUGAAUGCUGCUGCAUCUGAGAACAUGACUAUGACAAUGGCUGCUCCUACCACCACAUUGGAACACAACCCUGUCUCCAUCUCCAUCAUCAAUGCAACAACAACAACCCCACCACCACCGCCUUAUAACACUUAUCAUCAUCAUCACAGGGCGGAGGUAGUCGCGGCCGCAGCACCAAUGGAGGCAGCAACAAGGGAACAAAACCAAUCUGCCAACACCAACAAUACAAAGAAAUAUUCUCGGUGGACUGAAGAUGAGCAUAGAUUAUUUGUUAGAGGAUACCAAGCAGAAGGUACAAAUUGGUCAAGAAUUUCAAAAUAUUAUGUCAAAACAAAAAUUUAUCAUCAAAUUACCAGUCAUGCUCAGAAAUAUUUUAUACAUAAAAAGGGAUUAGCUAGAGGAGAAAAGUUAAGAGAAAGCAUUUAUGAUGUAAUUUGAUCAUUGAAUUGUACCCUAAUCCAAAGUUUUUAAUAGAUGGAGGAUUUGCUUAAAGGAGGAAGAACGUGUAAAUGUACUAAAGAUUUUUAUUUAAGUUGAAAAAUGAAAAUAUAGGAACAAUGAGGUAGGAAUACAAGACUUGUCUGUGUACAGAAACAUUCUAGAUAUAAUUGUAAUUUAUAAUUUUUCUUAUUAAUAAUAUUUGAUUCCUAGCUCUCCGGCCUUGAUGGCAAUGCCGAAGGGGACGGUGAGCUAGUUUCUAUCCAGAGUCUCGAUGGCUAUGCCGAAGGGGCUUUGGAUGAGGGAUGUAUCUUUUCAAAAAGUUUAGUUUAAAAUAUAUUAAUUAUAAGAACUUUUUGAAAGCAUUUGAUCCAUAGAAACUAGUUACAAAAUAUUUUUAUGUAAUUUUUAUACUAUUAUUAAUGAUUACUUUUUCAU